CGAUGUCAUUUUUUAAAUGAAGUAUAAAAGAAUAAUCACAGAUAUCUUGGUGCCGUGUGCAGGUGUUUCUCUCGGUUUAAAUAGCAGGUUCGAUUAUCGAACAGGCACAGACUCGAUUAGUUCUCAAAGAGGAGCUUUCAAUCAUGUAUAAGCUCCUUAUUCUGACGUUGGUCGCCUUGGCGACAGCCCAAAAAGCAUCCUAUGAAAAUUACCAAGUCUUCAGUGUUCUUCCAUCGACGGAAUCACAACUAGAAAUUCUUCGUCAGAUCGAGGAACACGAUGGCUUCUCACUUUGGAAAACACCAGCUCUAGUGAACAUGACCGUGGAUGUCAUGGUAGCACCGAACAAGUUAGCAGAAUUUUUCGAUCUGAUGAAUGCUCUUGGUACAUCCUAUACGAAAUUCAUCGACAACGUUCAAUACUUGAUCGAUUCUGAGAUGCCGAAGGAAGAGUUAGCCAGUUUUGCUGGCUUCAGCUUUAAUACGUAUCACACGAUCGAUGAAAUUUACUCAUACUUAGACAGUCUCGCCGAACAUUAUUCUAACAAUGUCCAGGUUAUUGUUGGUGGAUCAAGUUACGAACGUCGUCAAAUCAAAGGAGUGAAAUUGAGUUUUGGCAAACAGAAACCUGGCAUUGUAAUCGAAGGUGGAAUUCACGCGAGAGAAUGGAUAUCGCCUGCCACCGUUUUGUACAUUAUUGAUCGUUUAUUGAACAGCCCUAAUUCGGAAGUUAGAAAACUUGCCGAAGGACACGAUUGGUACAUCUUCCCGAGCGUCAAUCCUGAUGGUUAUGCUUACACUCAUACCAAAAAUCGUUUAUGGAGAAAAACGCGCAAACCCUACUCGUUCUUCUGCUACGGUUCCGAUCCAAACAGAAAUUGGGGAUAUAGAUGGAACACCGGUGGCGCCAGUUCGAAUGCUUGCUCAGAGACACACGCCGGAAGUUCUGCAUUUUCGGAAAUCGAAACAAAGAGUCUGUCCGAAUACUUAAAAUCGAUAUCCGGCAAAUUCUUCGCGUACAUCUCUUUCCACAGUUACUCACAAUUGUUGCUCUUCCCUUACGGUCACACGAAGGCUCAUCUUGAGAAUUACAACGACUUGUUGGCGAUCGGUAAAAAGUCGAUAAAUGCACUUGCUAAAAGACAUGGAACUUCUUAUCGUACAGGAAACAUCGCCGAAACUAUAUACAUCGCUACCGGAAGUAGCGUAGAUUGGGUCAAAGCAGUACUGCACAAAUCAAUCUCCUACACCUAUGAAUUGCGUGAUACCGGAAGAUACGGUUUUCUACUUCCGGCAAGUCAAAUCAUUCCCACAGGAGAGGAAACUAUGGACUCUUUGGUAGCUUUGUUCAAAGAAGCUGCUGUACGAGGUUAUCCGCAAUGAAGAAAAAAACUUUGUUUGUGUAAAUGUCGUUAAGUAAAAUGUCAUUAGUGUAAAUAUUUCAGUACAAACUGCAUUAUGUUAAUACGACUUGGCGUAAUUCGCCUGAAAAUUAACAUAGAUUUGAUCAUAAGGUAACGAUGAACGCUUUCUUUAUUUUUUA